AUGGCAUUUGGUGCAAAUUAUCGGAAAAUUUUAGAAAUAAACGAAGAAGCAAAGGGAAUGAAUUCAAAUAAAUUUGAAGGUAAUGGAAUUCAAUUUAAAUGCAAAAUUAUUGGAAUGGAAUAUUUACCAAUUGAUCGUGAUGAACGCGUAUGUCUUGAGUCAAUGUUUAAACUUAAAGUUGUUGUACGUGCUCGUGGUGAACAUAAACAAAAAAUUCAAUUAAUUUUAACUAUGAAUGGUAUUAAAGUUGUUGAUGAACUUACUAAAGUUGAAAUUGCUAAACAUGAACUUGUACGUAUAUCAUUUGUUACUAUGGAUCCGAGUGAUUCACGUGCAUUUGGAUAUAUUUAUAAUACAAGUGAUGGUCGUCAUCAAUUUUGGGCUAUUAGAACUGAAAGAUCAGCAGUAGUAACAGUUCUUGCAUUGAAAGAACUGUUUGAAAUAGUUUAUCAACGAAUUAAGAAUUCCGAAAAGACUGAAACACAAACAAAUCAAACAAUAUCUACGUCUGCUUUACCAGAUACAUCAACUCUUUCAAUACAACAAUCAUCAUCGACAUCUAGUCCUGUUGUUACAUCACAGCCACCGAUAAUAUCUGCAGAACCUGUUCCUCAACCAGCACAAGCGUCUAAAAUGCCUUUGUUUGAUGAUGUUUGGGGAGAUAAUCCUUCAACAACGGUUUCACAAACAAUGUCAACACCCAAAACACCUUUAUUUGAUAAUAUUUGGGGAGGUAGUCCUUCAACAACGGUUUCACAAACAACGUCAACACCCAAAACACCUUUAUUUGAUAACGUUUGGGGAGAUAGUCCUUCAACAGCUAUUCCUCGACCAUUAAGAACAGCUCAACAACUGUCAACAUCUAAUGUCGAUCCAUGGAAUAUUAGCGAACCUAUGCUACCUACUAUACAACCAACUUCUCGUGUAGAAGAUUCUCUUGCUAAUGUAUUCAAUGUACAUACAUCGUCAUCAACAGUGACUAAAACUACUCAACAAUCAGGAUCUGCCAUAGAUACUGAUGAUUUAUUUUUAGUGUUUACUACGAGUGCACCAACGCCUACAGUUAAUACCAACGUGUUUGCUCAACCAACUCAACAAACACCUUUUGUUUCUCAACAAACACCUUUUGUUCCUCAACAAGCACCUUUUUUUCCUCAACAAGCACCAUUUGUUCCUCAACAACACUUGAAUUUUCAAGGUUCGACAUCUCUUACACCUAGUUCUCCGUCAAUAGCAACAAAUCCAUUUGAUCAAAUGAACAUAUGCAACAUUGUAAACAAAGGCAAAUAUCAAUGA